AUGUUGAGCCUCCGAAGACUUCCAAAAUUGCACCGAAACAUCCAAAUUUGCCGAGCGAUGAAAAAAUCGGAAAAUUUGACACCGACCACUGCAAAUAUGUCAGCCAUUGAGGUGAUUUCAAGAAAAAUAAACCUAUAAUUAUAUUUUUUAUGCUGAAUUUUUUUCAGAAGAAAAAAGAGAGCGAUAUGCUGGAAACUAUUGAUAUUGAAGAUUUGCCGAGACCUCAAAAACGAUUUGCCAAACAAUUUGAGAAGGUGAGGAUUUUUGGUGGAAAAUUGAUUGCUUGGGAGCCGAAAUCUCAAAUUUCCAUGAAUUUUUCAUGGCGAAAAGGUUUCGCAGGUGAAAAAUGGGAUGGUUUUUCAUGCAAGUUCGUGGAAAACACGAUUUUUCUCAUUCUGGGCUCAGACAAUUGUUAAAAAUCGGAAAUUUUCAACAAAAAACGUUAAAAAUCCGAAUUUUUGAAGUCAAGACUCAGAAAUUGUCGAAAAAUAUCGAUUUUUCAUGUGUAACCUCGAAAAAUCACAAAUUUUCAUCAAAAGUCGUUGAAAAUCCGAAUUUUUCAAGUCUAGACUCAGAAAUUGUCGAAAAAUAUCGAUUUUUCAUCGUGUAGACACGAGAAAUCGCAAAUUUUCAUCAAAAAUCGUUAAAAAUCAGAAUUUUUCAAGCCUGGGAUUAAAAAAUUGCAAAAUUUUACCCAACAACUUUAAAAAUCAUGAAAUUUUGACAAAGAAUAAUUAAAAAUUUAUCAUAUUCAAGUUUACCCCCAAUAAAAUCCGAAAAUUUCCCGAAUUCCCUUCAAAAAUCUCAAAUUUCAGGUCAACGAAGAACGUGUCAAAGAAAUGUUCGCGAAAAACUACAAAAAUCACAUCGCUUUCACAGUUUUGGUCGGUUUAGUCGUUGGAAUCUAUUGGUACACGCUAUAUUCGGUUAAACAGGAGACUUUCCUGGAGGAAAUCGAUGAGGAAAUGGCUAUGACAAAUCCGAAAACACAUGGACAUUUGGCAGCGCCCAAAAAAUAG